AUGGCUCCUGAUCUGAAUUCAGUUCCCGCUUCACCACGUCCCGCUGCAAACUCAAUGUCAGCCCCGCAGCAAAUCUCCCAGCAAUCCUCCGCUACAACCUCUCGACGCGCAUCGCAAAUAUUCCCAAUGAGCCCACCACCACUGCCUCUGGCGUCCCCAGGCGGCACGCUCCCAGUAACCUCACAGCAUGGCCAUCUGCCGUUCCCACCUCUGAGUCCGAGUCUCACGGGACCGUUUCCGAGCGUCGAUGCCAGCGGAGUGCCGAUGAGACAUCCUAGGCCUUUGACGGCAGCUGAACUGCACAUGGAAUGUGAGAAAGAGCAGGAAGCUGUUGUCAACCGCCUCACUCGCGAGCUUUCCAACCUCAGAGCGCACUCUGCGUCGGUCGCCUCCACCGCCAGCUCUACUUCCAACAACCCAGGCCUGCUCCUUGACACUUCGGACCCCGCAACCACUCACGGUCCCACUCACCCAACUGGCUCGCGCCGCCAUCGCAGCUCGUCAAGCGUCAGCCGUACCUCCGCGGGUAUCCCACUCAAUGCGACGACGGUGGGGAUUCCGCACCAGCACCGGUAUUCGGGUGCGGCACAGCAGGAGCGGGAUGUGAGAAGUGCGUCGGUUGUUUCCACGCCUAGAUAUGAAGAGGUGGCGCACUAUAAACUUGAGCUCGAUGAUGCAAAGCGGGAGAAUGAUAUGUUGCGGAGGCGGAUCAGAGAGUUGGAAGGGUUGGUGAGGGAGAGGAGAGGCAGCACAAGUGGAAGUGAGGUUGGCAGGAGGGGAAGGAGUGGUGCAGGAGAGCGUGUGGCCACUGAUAGAGCGGCUGCUGUUAGCAACCGGGAGGGAAGUGCGGCCGCAACGCAGGACGUGUCGGAGACGGUCACGCUGCUUGAAGAGUGAGAAGAUGGGUUUGGGGACCCGGUGUGGUCAUUUUCAGUAGUGUUUUCAUCGGUAGAGGACCGGACACCAACAGGUAUGGUUAAUUUGCUAGAGACAUAAUGGGUCUCUGGUGUACCUUUUCUCCUUGCAUUCCCUUUUUCUGGUCAGAAGCCGGCGAUGUGUAAUUCAGCGGAAAAGCUGUUGGG